GCUAUCCUUAUCCAAGCUGCGUUUAAUUCCGCAGCUCCUGAUCGCUUUCAGGUUUGCUCAUGGAGGCAGUCGAAAUCUUCUCGGGUGCUAACUGCGCUGGGACACCAGACGUGCUGGCCGUGUACAAUGUAACUUCGGGCUGUGCUGAGAACGCGUGUAGCGACAUCAGCUUCGGCAACGACACGUACUAUAUAAGCCGAUCAUGUAACAUCUCGGACAGGUUCGCACACACUGAACAAGUAUUCGGAGACUUCACGUACGUGAUCAUGGAGACAUAUGACAACAAGAGCUGCACGUCAUUUGGAGAAGCAGAUACCUUCUUGGCGUCGGGAAGUUGCGAAAUAUCGUCCGGGCUCGGAGACCAGUCGGCCAUUACGAUUCUCUUCCCAAAUGGAUCUGCUGUAGUAUCGCUUUAUCCUAACAACGCGUGUGGAGGCGAGCCUUCCUUGCACUUUGAGCUUAGCAAGACGGCACUUUCCACGGGUUCUUGUCAACAAGGUUUGUACAGAUUUUACAGCAGUGAAAGUAGCUCUGGGUCAGGUUCGACCAGCUCUACAGAAAAUUAUAGCGGCAAUUCCAGUAAUUCUGAAGCGAAGGAUCGACAGGUGGAAAGUAGUACGACUGGGUCUGAUGACAGUUCGAAGGAUUCCAGCAUAAGUACGGGCGGGAUCUUUGAGAUCGUAGCCGGCAGCUUGGUGUUCAUCCUACUCGUGUCGUUAUUAGUCGCUUAUCAUCUUCGCAAAAAACACGAAGAUGAAGCCGAAGAGCAGGAUACUUUCACAGAGUUUCAAUCACCCCGAAUCGGCCAAAAAAAUAACUCUUUUACUGCCCCAGGAACGCUAGAUUCACAUUUGGAUGACGGCCAGAGGGGGUCACAAAAGCCGCUCAGUCUUGUAGGUUUAUGGGACGAUGAAGUCAUCGCUACAGCUCGGAUUUCUCGCGAGAAGAUCGUCAUUCAGCGUCACCUCUGUCGUGGCGGUGGUGGCGAGGUGUAUAAAGGGCUUUUUAACCAGCAACAAGUCGCGAUCAAGAUGCUGCUGCCGGAUAUGCGCAAGAGCGUCAAACAUGUGAACGCAUUCUUGGCUGAGGUGAAGCUUAUGGCAACUCUCGACCACCCGCGCAUUGUUCAGUUUGUGGGCGUAGCAUGGGACUCUUUGACCGAUUUGUGUGUCGUCUCUGAGUUCAUGGAAGGCGGCGACUUAAGGGGAUUGCUGACGAGGUAUCAAAAUGAGAACCACCCUACAGGUUUCGACCGUACCAAGGUGACCAUCGCCUUACAUGUCGCCCACGCUCUCACAUACCUUCACUCGCUUGAGACCCCAGUGCUGCAUCGAGAUCUGAAAUCCAAGAACGUCCUUCUCACCUCCAGUCUCGAAGUCAAGCUCACGGACUUUCGUAUCUCCCGAGAACAAGCCGAUAGAACCAUGACGGCUGGUGUGGGGACGUCACUGUGGAUGGCACCGGAGGUGAUGUUAGGGGAGAGGUACGAUGACAAGGCGGACACGUUUUCAUUCGGUGUCUUGCUGUCCGAGUUGGAUGUUCAUGUUCUUCCAUACUCACAUGUAAAGGAGAGGUGGGAUGAUCAAGCGGCAGACACUUUGACCUUGCAAAAAAUUGCUCUUGGGCAAUUGCAGGUCGAUUUUUCGUCGAGUUCGCUGCCGUCUAUGGUAGAUUUGGGCUUGUCGUGUGUGUCGCUGGACCCAAAACAGCGUCCAACCUCGGCCGAGGCCCUCCAUCAGCUACACAUAGUCUUAUCGCAGGAGCUUUUAAAGCUGCCAGUCAACCUCACAAAUACUGGACUAAUCCACACUAAGGACUAAUCAUCAAAAUAAAACCCGGUUAAUUUU